GUUGAUAAAGUCAAAGACAAUUUUUCGAUUCCGUCCAUUUAUUUCACAAAACAAUCCGUCCAUAUCGUCUUAAAUGACACGAGAAGAAUUGGUUAGACCUAAUUUCAUUUAUAACGACGAAUCAUUUGUGGAUUUAAUUGAAACGAAUUGGACGAACUUACACAGUGUGAUUAAGUGUGGCCUGUGUGAAGUGGAUUUUUAAAAAUUUCAUUUGUACAAUUUUGUAAAUAUAGCAGAGAAAUUCCAAUAUGAAUACGUGUAUCAGGCCAAUCCAAAUAUGAUAAACAAAAAUGUGUGUCUACGAUAUGGAGUUCCAAAUGCGGGGAUAGUGUAAAGUGUGGCCAUAUUUACUCAAUUCGAAAUUCUUUAUUCGAAAUAUUAAAUUAAAAAGAAAAAAUUUCGUUGAACGAAAAACAGAAAAAAUCAAACCUUUGGUCGUUAAUUUAAUAUUCAAUUCGUGCUUGUUUCUCUGUCUUUUUUUUCUACUAUUUGUUUGAUUUCUAUUAAUUGAAGGAAUGUGAGUUUAAUACAACAGAGUGAAGGAAUAUUAACUGGUGGCUUAAGUGGAAUGGUAUUUGUGGUUUUAACAUACCUAUACACCAUACGAAAUACGUUUUUAGAGAAAUUAUUCAUUUGGAAAUUCAACGAUCGUUCGCUCAUAGAAUCCAGAAUUAAUUGAAUUGUCCAAACAACACAUCGACACUUCAAUCAUAACAACGCAGAUCUCGUUGUUACUGACUUGAAAGCACUCGCUACGAAACGUUGUGUGUUGUGGAAAACACCCGAAAAAUAUAUAAUCAUUCACAUCGACCAACGCCAUAAAAUUUAUUUCUGCGGAUUUUAUGAGUGAUUUGGUGAAUAGAGUUUCGUUGGAUUUCAAUUGUUUUAAGUUAUAAAGUUAAUGUAUCGGCCAAGUGUAGUUGUGGUUUUGAAUUUGAACAUAUAAGUGACUGUAUGAAUUCGUUAAAUUAAUUCAAGCCGAAACAACAAGAAAAAGGUGAAUGAUAUAAGAACGUAAAGCGCAUACGAAUGAACGAAAUAAAGUUUUGUAAAAAAUUAUAAGGAAAAAUCGUAAAGUGUUUCUCUGAAUAAUUAAAUUCGUAUUAUGCAACCGAAAAUAUAAAUUUAAAAUAAUAAAAAAAAACUUCAAGGAAAACGGUGUUAAAGUGUGCACGAAUUGAUAAUCCGAACAAAAAUUUCCGGAGUAUUAUAUACCAUCAAUCUAGGUAUAUAUGUGGCACGAGAGCUUUACAAGUGACUAAUUUCCGUUAUUUUGAAAAAUAAUAAUAAAAAUACGAAAAAGAAAAAUUGUGAGUUUAAUUAUCCCAGCUGAGUGGCCACGCGUUUGUUAUUAAUAAUUUUAUUCGCAGUUAUAAUCACUCGAUUGUACAAUUCUAUUUUCCAUAUUUAUUUACAGAAUAAUGUGAAUAAAAUAUAUCUUUUACAAUUUGCUUAUGGUUUGUGCUUAUAAGUGUAGCACCAACAAACCAAAAAAAGAGUUAUUGAGUUAAAUGCGAACCAGUGAUCUGAAUAAGAAAAAUACGAAAAAUAACCUGACCAAUGGUUCUAGUGAAGCAAAAUAUUUAAUUAAAUAAAAAUGAAUUCAAUGCGAAACAAUACCAACACAGUGGACACACUGACCACUGCAACGAAUCACCAGACCGACAAUCUGUCGGAAGAUGUUGUGGAUUUUGUCAAAUCGGAUACAUGCAAUUUAAAUCACAACAACAACAACAACAACAUAAAAACCAAACCACCGAUACCCGACACCAAAUCCACCAAACAACAUUUCGGCACAAUACCGUCCAUAUCGAAGAAGAAAUUGACCGGAAACAAUUUGUACGGUGAUGCCGAGGUACGAUCCUGUGUCAAAUCAUCAUUUUCAACACUAGAAAAUCUGUCACUGUUCCAAUUUCCGCGCAAAAAGAGCGAUCCGUCAGCCAAUCAAUCAAUAGCAGCUAAAGAACGGCCCAAAUUCGUGAAAAGUGCAUCGAUUGCCCGAUUAUUCGGCAACACAUACAGUACGAAACGGGGCGAUGCAAAUGCGGCCACUUCGGCAACAGUGUCGGCGGAUUUAAUGAAAUCACUUCCGCCCACGGAACGGUUUCAAAAGUGCUCCGAGAAUUUCGUUGAUGAGGUGCGAAUCAGUGAUUUUAGUGAAGAUAAAGACAUUGGUGUUAGAGCGUUUAAGAGUAUUUCGAAGGGAUUAGGACGAUUGUUGUUUAGGAAAUCGCACAGUGUGGACAUUAGUGCACCGGAUCCGGAAUUUAAAGUAUCGUAUUUGGGAAAUGUGCUGACUGGAUGGGCUAAAGGCGAUAGCUGCAUUGAAAAACCAUUAGCAACAUUAUGGCGAAAUUAUACACAAAACAACAAGCCAGAUGUUAUAAUGCGAGUACGUGUAUGUCCGUCCGGCUUGAAAGCGACGACACGGCAGCACGGACUCACCGAAUAUUGGUCGCAUCGAGUGACGCAUUGCAGUGCGCCAAAGAACUAUCCGCGGGUAUUUUGCUGGAUCUACCGUCAUGAAGGACGCAAAUUGAAACACGAGCUCAGAUGUCAUGCGGUUCUAUGUGCCAAAGAAAGUAUAGCCGAGGAAAUCAGCAACACUUUGAAGGAAAAUCUGUCGAGAGCAUUGAAGGAAUUCAAACGAGACAAAAUCAAUCGACAAAAUGCACGUCUCAGUCUGGUCAAUUCUGUGUACGAAAAUCCGAGCAUGCCAAGGCGAAAGAUUAUGCUCAGCGUGGGAGCCAACAAUUAUCGACCUCCGCUGGAACGAUCAAAAUCGGCACCUCGAUUGAUGGCAAUCGAAGAGGCAAUUGGUGAAGAGGACGAAGAAGACGAAGAGGAGAAAUGCUCGAGUCGAUCGAAAGAAUCCAGAUCAUGCUGCACCGUCGAUCCAUUAUAUCCAGCAAUGACACUGGGCAGACGAAGGUGUAAACGAGGUCAUUCGAUUCGACGAACGGGUACACGAAACAGACGUUUACCGUGCGAAGUUCAAUUUAAGAAAGGCACCGAACUACAAACUGUGAUUGAUCAGCCGGGCAAAAUUGACGAGACCGAAGUACAACGACUGAAAUCUGUGUCCAGCACUGGUUCCGAUGACGAUUUGGACAAACUGUUGCUGUGCAACAAUUACGACUCCGAAUCACCGUUGGCUGGCGAACUUAUGUCAUAUUUCGACAUGAAAUUCAAGACCAAAACGGCGAGUCUCGCCGAUCUCCAGGAGAGUCAACAUUUUAACUUACUCUCAAACUCCAGUCGAAACACCCUAAGUCUGGACGAUUUGGAUGCAUACUCUGACGGCGAAGGGGAGGAAGUAUUUUACAGUCAACAAAACAUUCUCGAUUUACUGGUUCAACAGUCAUCUCUUGGUCUGGCCAGCUGCAACGGUUCAAGCAAUGACAAUUCACUGUCGUCACAUAACCAUGGAAAUGAUCGCACCAAAGCAUCUGGCUUAAUGUCCAUGUCAAACAGCCUUCCAAUUGUGUUGGACAGUGACGAAGGAUCCAUAUCCAGCGGAUGUGAGACCGCAAGCACCGUAACAAAUUUGGAAGAACCGUCCAAAACCGGACUGGACAUCGAACCGAACAGUUUGGAGAGUAAUUCGGCGGCUAGUGAUCUAUCGGUUGAAACGACCAUAACACGGGUGAUGCGCAACAAAAUCAAUUCGUCGAGCCGAAAGGACAAAGACGACGAUUCGGAUUCGGAGUACAGCGAUGAGUCGGGCUACGUUGAGUAUCAGGAGAAGAUGGGCUGUCGAUCCAAGUCGAUAUUAAUUUAGACAAAGAAUGAACGGGAAGUGAAUGGUGGUAUGGUGGUUAGGUGGGUGGGUGUACUUUAUAGAGACUGAAAUUGAAUUUUGUUUUAUUGAUGAGAAUUUGUUUGCUACUAAGUUCAACUGAAUCGAAUUGACGAGAGUGAUAAGCGCGACGAGGUCAAGCAAUUCUGUGGAAUUCGAAACUUUGAGUCUGUCGAUUUAAAUGAGUGACCGGCUAAUUCGACUAAAGGUCGCUGUUGCCAUCGGUGAUGCGCACAUCUUUUGGUUGUUUUGUUAUUUUAGAGGUGUGCUGUCGUGAAUGCGGGACCAAAAUCUGCUUCAAAUCUUAAACUUCCUACGAAUAUCGGAGGAUCUACAACUCCCGCACAAGUGCCACCAAAAAAACACGAGUUUUCGUUUUCCAUUGUUUUUGGUGUUCUGACAAGCGUUCAAAGUAUGGCGCUGUAAUUUAAAUCGACACCUCUACUACGAAGACUAUAAGUUUACUGUCUAAGGACCUCGUAGUGUCUUCUACAUCCACAGUUCUCACUGUAGUUGAAAUGAUGUCUAGUAACGAAAAAUCAUUAGGGCCAUAUUUAAGCCCGCAAAAUCAAUCAAAAAUUACCCUGUGGAUAUGUAGCCCAAUACGAGCGCUUUGACCACACCCAAAAUGGAAACUAUGGGUCUCUCCAAGUACUCGCUCUCUUUUUUAUGGAAGAACCCGUGUUUUCACAACACUCAACUUGGAAAUAUCCUUCAAAUUUUUAAGUGGCCUUUUGUUAAGUAAAAAUUCCCAAAGAUUCACUAAUUUCCUAAUUUUGGGGAUAAUCCUUUGGGAACCAGUUCUCAAAUGUUGAACCAUCAACAAUUGACAGUGAAAAAAGAAACAGGAAAAACCGCAAAAAUUGCUGUGCAAUAUACCUAAGCCGUAAGUCUGUCGAAUUAACAUGAACGAUCGGUUGACGUUAUCGCAUUAUCACUCGUAAAGUCUAAUUGAAACUAAUUGUAACAGAGAGAUAGAGAAGAGAAAACCUAAAAUACACAGAAAUCAUUCACAAAAGACUUGAUUGACAUUCGAAAUUAGAGAUAAAAACGGAUUGUGUUCGAUCCGAAUGAAUGUUUCUUGUUAAAGUGAAUGCAAAACCUCAACGAAUUGUUAACGAAAUUGUAUAAAAACGAUGGAGAGAAAGAAAACCAAAUAUUUAUUUAGAAAAAAAAAAUAAUUAAUAAAAUUUAUUAAAAAAAAAAAAACAGAAAAAUAAUAAAAUAAUUUUGUCCAAGGUAUUUGUUUUAGUGAUCUAAGUGCUUAGAUAAGAAAUUUUAUUUUAUUUUUUAUAAAAAAUUUAAUUGAGAUUGGAGUAAAUAAUAGAAAAUCAUAUUUAAAAGUGCAAUUGUGCGUGGAGAUAUUUUUAACUCAAAAUUACGUUUUAUGUUUCAAUAAGAAAAUGUGCCCUCGGGCACACACACAAUUUUGCAUGUGGGUCUUUAUGUUCUAAAUGGAAAUAAUUGUUUAUUUAACUAGAAUGAUUACAAAAUAUAGAAAAUAGGAAACAACAGGAAAACCAAUUUCUAUUUGAUUUUAGCUGGGGUCCAAUUUA